GCAACAGUCAUUCUUUCCUUUCCUUGUCAGAGACUUUCCCACUUUGGCCACCCACGAUCAAAGAAUCAUGAAGAAUGGGUGAUCGCCCAGCUGCUUGACUCUCGACAUUCAAUUCAUCGUCCCGGCUGAUGCACAGGUCUUCGCCAAUAACAACAAAAUUUGUCGGGUCGAAAUCAGUACGUUGAUUCACACCAGUUCUAGUUCCCGCGCUUUUGCAGGCCACGGCGACAUGCCGUCCAAGAGAGGAAAAUGGUCCUCUCCUGACGCCAGGAGAUCCCGAGGUCGGCCUCCGGCUCCCCGGGGCAGGCUCCGAGAUUCCAUUCCCGCAGCCCACAUGGGUACUGCUUCAAACGCAUUCUCCAUGAGAGAGGAGGCCAGGAACACGGCCUCGCACUCAUCUUUGGCUUGGAUCUCUGGGGAUGCGAAAUUCCGGCAGAAACCUGUCACUUUCGUGAGCGCCGGGGUCAUCGAGCCUCUCAAGGAAGACAAGCCGUUGGACAACUCAGCUGAUCCCAGCACGGCUGAGGAAUCUACCAGGGAUGUCUUGGACGGUGGUGUUAUCGAGCCCCUUGAAGAAGAGAAGUCAUCAAACGACUCAGCCGAUUCCAACACGGCCGAGGAGCCAAGGGGAGAUGUAUUGGACGCCGUCGGCAAACCCGCUGAGGUGAAGGAAGCCGAGAAUUCAAGGUUGGGGACCAUCGACGUCUUCGGAACCGAAACGGCUGUUCAAAUUCUUGAACAAGAAUUCUCGGUUACCGCUCUUCCCCUUCGAGCGCACGGCACCGGCGAUUCGGACCUACCGUUAUCUGCUCAAGCAAAUGAAACGAAGGAUUUCUUUUCCAUCGACCUCGGACAGGAUGAUGAGUCCACAAUCAAUAUCCCCCUCCCUCUUCCAAAAAUCCCAAGCCCGAGGUCUUCAUUUGGCGGGUCGGAUUCAAGCGAGGAAGUCAUCCUUUACCGAGGCCGGGGCGCCUUUGCUCAAGGAGCUGCCCCGAAGGAUGUUUUUACCUACCCCAGCACUGCAGCCAUCCCCACAGAGACAUCGGUCUCUCAGAGGCCUAGGUCAAACGCGACAACGCCAAACAGCCCUACUUCGCAUACCAGUGAGACUCCCGCCCGGGCUUCACGGAAGAAAUCAAGAGCUCGGGACAGACGCUCGCAGGUUUCAGAAGCCACGGGGGACGUUGAAGAGGACGACGAGGAGGACGCGAUACUGGCUGAUUACAUUGCCAACAUGGCCGAGGACUCGGACAACGACUUCUUGGCCGGUCUGCUUCAAUCCUCCUCCAAUCAGCGGGAUAUCGGCGGUGACCAAGAAGCAGUCAACUUUGGGUCCGGAGACGAGAAGUCGCCCAGGGGCGAUGACAUGUGGGGCGACGAAGAAUCCAUUACUUCUGGCACUAGCGAUGCUGAAGGGGAUAAUAUCAAGAGCGAUGAUGAGGACGAAGACGUGGAUGCGGACAUGAACGACGAGACAUUGACCCGCCUCCUUGCCAAACAAGAAGAGCUGGGCAUGGGGAGUGACGACCUGUUCCUUUUCUCAAGCUCAUUCGCCAAAACGGGAACAAGAAAGAAACAGGGAAAACAACCGGUGAAGCCAGGCUCAAGCAGCGCCUUGCGUGGACCCGCCAGCGCUACCCAAGUCGCCGACGCAUUCGACAAUCUGGAUCUUGCCGACUGGAAUCAACUCACUUGGCAGUCGCGCAAACGACGUAGCAAGCAGCUUCCCAACUUCAAUGUUUCUGAUUCGGAGAUUGAGGCAGCUUUGAAGACUGCCUGGCAACGGGACAGAGAGAGAAAGAAAAGCCGGAGAUUGGAGCGUGAAGCCCUCCGUGCUAAGGGGCUGCUGGGCAAGAAUGCGAACCCCGACGACCUGCGUGUUCGAUAUCCGUCAGGGAUGAAGUUGGACGAUAUCAAAGCCGAGAUGACUUCUUUCCUCCUCGGUUCGGUUGAACGGCUCGACUUCCCCCCGCUGGACACGCAUGCACGAAAGGUCCUUCACGAACUCGCUAACAAGUUCAACAUAAAAUCGCAAUCCACCGGCAAGGGCGAUCAGCGCCGUCCCGUCCUCUACCGGACGAACCGAACCGUCCGCUAUGCUUCGACCCGAGUCGAAGACGCAACCGCCCAUGUGGACCAGGCUGCACUGCGCAUCCAUCGGAAGUACUUCCACCGCGUUGAUGUCAAGGUUCAGAAGACCGAGUCAUCCAGAAGUGCGGCUGGAGGUCGGUCCGGGGCCGGGCACAAGGCGCUCACCCUUCGGGAGGGAGAAAUCGUGGGAGCGUCGGUUCCGGAACUCGGCCAGGAGAACAAGGGACGCACGAUGCUGGAAAAGAUGGGCUGGAGCAAGGGAAUGGCCUUGGGCUCGCUCAACAACAAGGGCAUUCUCGAGCCCGUUGCGCAAGUCAUGAAGCGUUCCAAGGCCGGCCUCGGAUAAGGGAUGUUGUGUUGGGAACGGUCUUGCUGCCAAGGUGUAGGAUCAUGUUACCACUGAACAGAAGAACCACGAGCUAGUCUUCCACCGAGACCGGUUCUGAAUCUUGACCUUGAAGGUUGACCUCGAAGUCAUCCGUACAAGCUGAAAUUGGUAGUGCCCGUGUCGUGAGGAUCGCGUUUUGAGACGCGGUUGACGUGGAUCGUCGCGACGACGAGGGUCGCCGUCAUUGUCAUGGCCCGAAUUUCAAUCGUGCCAUCGCUUUCCACGCUGCCUAGAGCAUGUGGUUUGCGCUCGGCAGUUUGGCCGCCAUUGAAAGAUGUCACAGCUCCAGUGCUUGAAUCAGUC